UUGGAUGCGAGACUUUUACAAGCUUGGAAAGUGAAAGAGAGGAAGGAAGAAGAAGCAAAGAAGGGGUGGGACGCUCCGUCCUGAUGGAGGCUCUCCGUGCAGAUCUCCUCAUCCUCCUCCUUCCUCGCCCGGGCUGGAUGAUGAUGUGACCGCUCGAUGACACGGCAGGCUCGCAUGGACCACGACGGAUUCGGAAACGCUUGUUAUUUUGGGGUUUGAACACGUCGGAUCCGUCCGAGUUCUGCUUCUUUUUUUUUUUUUUUUUUUCCAAAUUUGGAAUACAAGUGUCAAGUUUGGUGGCGCAGCAACGGUGCAGUCAUGUGGCAGAGCUUUCCCAUUUGCUGCGCCCUGUUUGGAUUGUACGCAGCGGCGGCGCCGCCCGCACACAUCAACCGCCUGGCGCUGUUCCCUGACAAGAGCGCCUGGUGCGAGGCCAAGAACAUCACGCAGAUAGUCGGGCACACGGGAUGUCAGCCUCGCUCCAUUCAAAACAGAGCUUGUCUGGGCCAGUGUUUCAGCUACAGCGUCCCCAACACGUUCCCACAGUCCACCGAGUCUCUGGUGCACUGUGACUCCUGCAUGCCCGCACAGACUCAGUGGGAAGUGGUGACUCUGGACUGCCCGGGUAAUAACGAGACUCCCCGUGUGGACAAGCUGGUGGAAAGGAUCUUCCACUGCAGCUGCCAGUCCUGCAGUAAGGAAGGUGUCCAGGAGGGGGCGACGAUGCAGCUGUAUCCCACAGACAACAGCCUGGAGCCUCCAUCUUUACCUGACGCCCUCAUCGAGGCUCAGUCUCGCCCGCCUCCGCCCCGUUCAGAUAGCCAGCCCAAGCACGGUCACGCACACCGUCACCACCCACUUCCACAUACAUCCGACGGAGGGUAGGUCCUUUGACCCCCCCCCCGACCCCCUCCGAGCAGCAGGCACUCUCCUCCUUGCUAAUUGUGUAGUGUUGCAGAAGCACUUUGACCAUAUGGUAUGGUUUCACGUGUGUGUUUAAAUGAGUUUUCUUGAGUGGAACGGCAUUGUUAAUAUAAUAUAAUAUAAACACACCAGCCUAUACUGUAAAUGCACUGCUUUGUCUUUGUUUGCAUGCGCAUCCACCAGACGCCACCCUGGUCUGUUCAGAAACUGUGGUCUCACCAUUUUUAAUCCGCAAUAAAUUCUGUUCUUAUAAUGACUGCACUUGAUCCGUUUCCUUUCGUUUAUUACCAGGCCCAGCGUGAUGAUACUGCAUGUUUAAGUUGAAUAUCAAUAACGUAAUGACGUUGUUGCGACAGGGGUGCAGUCGUCGCUCGCUGCAUCGCGGUUCCAGUAUCGCUCCUUCACGUUUUUCCAAAAUGAAUGAACUCUUUCAAUCCCAGCUGUUUUUAUAAGUGAAAAUGGUAUUUUAAACAAUAAAACAAA